AUGUUGCCUGAUGAUUGCGGUUUGUACACAGACAUCUCUUCAUUGGACAAUGAUGAUUACGUCAUCCAGCCGUUGUACCGCUAUGGUACAUACAGCCCCAACACAAAGGACGGGGUGAACCAGGGCCAAGCGUUCGGUGCAGAGCUGCUUGGCACGUUCAUGCUGGUCUGUGUCUACCUGUCGUGCACAGCGGAGAGGCGAGGCUACCGUGGCAUUGCCCCGCUUUGCAUCGCGUUUACUCUCCAAGCCGGAAAAGCAGCGUGCAUGCCUGUGUCGGGAGGGGCACUGAACCCAGCACGCAGUUUCGGACCCGCCAUCGUCAGCCUGAGAGACUUGCUAUCGAACGAUCCUACUCCUACAAGUCCAUAUCUGCCGCCAGCCGUGACCAACGAUGCCUAUUACCAUGCCAUGUGGAAAGCCCAGUGGUUGUACAUACUGGGACCGAAGCUUGGUGCAGUCCUUGCCGCCAUUGCAUUCCGAUUCCUCUUCAGCACGGAGAAGCGCAACAAGGUGUACGUCAAGUGAACUGACGAGCCAAGUGUGCAGUGAAAAUGAGAGUUCUGAUGUGCUCACUUCAUGCUCACCGUGUGCUUGAAGUUACGACAUUCGUCUUUAGCUGUUGUCGCUGUCACGUCAUCUUUCCUGUAGUAGUUAGCACUUACACACGACACAGUAGAAAGUAGUCUUUCUUUUCUUCUUUAUCGGAAACUAGUCGGUAGUCCAAAGUGGGUCAAAAUGGACAAAAUGCAUUUUGACCCCCAAAAUGCAAAAAUAUGCAAACACAUAAUCCGGAAAGGCCUAUUCUGCGCGCGGCUAGGC